AUGUCUGCACUUUCUCAAGUCAUACUGCCAGUCACGGCAUCCAUCGCAACAUUCUUCCUCUCCGUUGCUGCCUUCUUCCACCUAGCCAAUAUCCCUAAUCCUCGCAGACUCAUUCUAUCGCCAAUACUCUACAUCCCAGCCGGCAUCUCAUUCUACCUGUCGGAAUGGUGGCCAGGCGAUCUCAACAGUCUCUGGGGCCUCCUCCUCUGCAUCUGGAUCGGCCACUCCACAUCCCUCCUCUUCGUCGAGAAUGACCAUCUAUACCAAGACGGAGAGUACCUAGCCCGCUGGUCCAAACUCGCACCACACAUCCAUCCCAAAUUCCACAAGGGCAUAAAGCUCUGGAAUAACCCACGUCUCCUGGGGACACCCCACGAAUGUAUCCUCAAAAGCCGUAAACCGGCGAUACCAUCAGGACUACGCGCAUUCACGGUUAUCCGUCUCGCAAAGGUGGUCAUAUAUGCCGGCCUGUACUUUUAUAUCAAAACAUACAUCUUCCCUGCUGCAUUCAUGCCCAUCGGGAUGAAUGAAUUCGACCCCCUGCAUCAAGUCUACUUCCGGCGUCUCCUGCCAUCAUUUCAAGCGCAGGAUAUAUAUGAGGCUGUCACCCUCCGCGAAACCCUCCUGCGCAGCGCCUUCGUCGCGUGGUGGACAUUCUCCGCCGUAGCGAUGCUCGACGGCUCCCACGCCGCGCUCUCGCUCAUCGCCGUCUCACUGUGUCGCUUCGACACCCCAUCCGAAUGGCCACCAAUCUUCGGCCCGUUAAGUGCAGCGUGGAGCAUGCGUCGGUUCUGGGGCAGAUUCUGGCACCAGAUCAUCCGGCGCACGUACACGAACUACGGCGAGAUUGUGUCGCGGCGGAUUCUGGGGUUGCGGGCGGGGUCGGUGAUGGAUAAAUUGAUUGUGAUUUUUGCGAUUUUCUUUCUCUCGGGCGUUUCGCAUGCGGUUGUUUCGUGGAGAUUGGGGGAUUGUGCGUGGGGGGGUGAUGUUUGGUGGUUUUGUUUGAAUUUUGGGGUUGGGAUGGGGGAGGUUGUUGUUUUGGGGGUUGUUAGGGCUGGAAUGAAGAGGACUGGAAGGGAGGAUUGGGUUAAGAGCGUGCAGGGGAGUUUGUUUGGGAGGGUUAUUGGGUAUAUCUGGGUGUUUGGGUUCAUGUUUUGGAGUGUGCCCAAGUGGCAGUAUCCAAAGGUUUAUUGUGUCCUUGAAGCGUUGAGUGCUUGA